UUGACACCUGUGAUGGGGUUUCUGGUAAUCCUGGAGCAAGUGAUCCGAUAUUUCCAACGCCAAGACUUGACACGUUUCCAGGAUUAUGUCAUUAAUGCCGGAUCAGCCGUACUGUUCACUCUUAUGAGGGUGUUCCUGUUGACCACGUCUGUUCACUGUUUCAACUGGAUAUUUACCAAUUAUGCACUGAUUGAUAUGCCAUUGCACUCUGUAUGGACCUGGCUCUUUUCACUAUUGGUGGUGGAGUUCACGUACUACUGGACCCAUCGGGCCCUCCAUGAGUUCAACAUCCUAUGGGCUGCCCAUCAGUUCCAUCACAUGGCAGAGGACGUCAACAUCACGACUACUGUACGCGAUUCGGUGGUCGACCUAUUCAUAUAUGCCGUAUUUCCGUUACCGUUGGCAUUACUGGUACCACCACCUUGCUUAAUGGUGCACAUCCAAUUUAGUCUCAUAUACCAGGUAUGGCUCCACAACUCAGUGGUGGGUAAUCUCGGUUUCCUGGAGUACGUAAUCAAUACCCCGCGUCAACAUCGGGUACAUCACGGGAGGAACGCCUACUGUAUAGACAAGAACUAUGGGGCACUCCUUAUGAUAUGGGACCGGAUGUUCGGCACCUAUCAGACAGAGACCGGCAAAAUAGUUUUCGGUGUGUUGUCGCCUACACCUAAAACAUACGACUCAAUGAUCUUACAGUUUGGUUACUAUCGAGACGUGUGGCGAAAGUUUUGCAAAGUCGAGGGCUUUUGGAAUAAGAUGUGCGCUCUGUUUGCGGGGCCGGGAUGGGCACCCGGGAAGCCCAGACUCGGGGACAUUAAGGACGUACCAGAAGUGGACUAUUCGUUGCCGAAGUACAGUCACGACCCAUAUAUAGCCGACUGGAAGAAGGUGUACAUCGCAUACCAUUCGUUAGUCGUUGUCUUGGGUUUCUAUAUACUCGGGGAACAUCCAUAUCUCCGCUUCUCACCCGAGAAGGGAAUGAUUGCCAUAUUAUAUGUCGUAUACCUCUUGACAUCGUUUGGUGCCGUAUUUGAUAACAGGUCAUGGGUGGCACCACUGGAAAUAAGCCGCUGUUUGGCGUUCCUCCUGUUCGACUACUUCCUAAUCUAUUCGGUUCAGUGGCCUAUAGGUCCCGGACAGCACCUCCUACUGGAUGUGCUCAUGUGGACCACACGCGCCGCUCACUUGUUGUCCGUAAUGUUUUGGUUGGGCUAUUGGCUCAGACAAUGGACUGGCGGUGAGAGCACCGACACCGACAACCAGGAGUACGCCGUUGUGGGUAAGGGUGCGAAGGAUGUGGAGAGCGAGACCUCGUCGAUGACAGGCAUUAAUGGCUACAAACUGUUUGCUAUGAUAUUGUGCUUCUUCUUGACAGCCAUUCCCUAUUUACUUGCUUUCAUGACUCGCAUAAAUAGUUGCAAUAAAAUGUUUAAUGAUUUGUAUUAUGAGCAU